UUUUUUUCUUUCUUCUUCUCCUCGUCAAAAAUUAGGGUGUCUGUUUGUUUUUUUCUCCAUUUUUCUGUACGAAUUUUAAUGGAAGAAGGUCUUAGAAGAAGUCCGCGUCUAGUGAGGGCUUCGAAUCCAAAAGUUUAUCGAAGAAAUCGAAAGAAGCUUCAAGUUUCGUCUUCUAAUUCUAUGGAUGAAAUUCCAAGUUUUAGUUUGGGUAUCUCACAAAUAUCGGGGGAGAAGAACAAUGAGGAAGAAAACAAGAAGCAAAAGAAAGGUAAAAAACGAGUUAAAGAGGUUAAAACAAUGAAGAAAUCGAAAAAAAUAUGUGUUACUUUGGCAUCUACAUCGAAGAAAAUCGUUGACAGUGAUGAUGAUUUUGAGGAUUUACCUCCUCAAUUUCAGUCAAAAAGUUUGAAAAAUAAAGAUGGAUUGGAGAAGAAAAGGCCGGUGAAUGAUGGAAAAACACGAAAUCGUUUACCCAAAAGUGUCAUUCUACCAGAGAGUAGAUAUCCGGAUCGUAAAUUCUGGAAACAUCCUGAUGUUUGUCAUUGA